AUGGACUCAUCCUCUAUGACUAAUUUUGAUAGCAUGUCUGGUAUGGAGGGUACGGGGAUGGAUAUGGGCUUAGAUGGCAUGUUUCGGCCGCUUAACCAGAUGCUGGCUCGCAUGUACUGGUACCUCGUCGCCGCCUUCUUCGCGUCUGCAUUGUUCCUCAAAGGUCUUGGAGCCUUCGGGUCUUGGUCACAUAAACGGUUAUCGCGUGCGCUUUCCCUUUCUCAUCCUACGAGACCUCGGGAUUUGGUAUCCCGAGCAUAUGCCACAUCAGUCGCAAUCUUUAGAGAAGUGUCUUAUCCUCAAGUGGUCCACUUUAUCCGGCCGGGCUGCGCGUGGUUGACUCCUCCGCCUCUAGGGCCGUCGCUGGUCAUACUAAUAUACUGGAUUAUCAUUGCCUUGUCCCUGAUAACAAGGUCUAUUAUCCACGAUGCAUAUUAUUGGGAGCGUGUGGGAUUUAGAGCGGCAUGGGUGUCUGUCACACAGGUCCCUUUUAUCUUUCUCCUGGCUGGCAAAGUCAACAUUGCCAGCUUCCUUCUCGGAUCAUCUUAUGUCGAUGUGAAUUGGCUGCAUAGAUGGGUGUCUAGAACCCUUUUUGUGACGGUCACAAUCCACGGCUCAUUUUUCUUAAGUGAAUGGGUGCGGGCGGAUUUCAUUCGCAUUGAAUUGGCGAUGAUGCCGAUGGUCAAGUACGGCCUUGGACUUUGGGCAGUAUUGGCCUGGACUACGAUCAGCUCUCUCAUCCCUCUCCGGCGUCUGUGCUACGAAUUCUUCGUGCUUCAGCAUAUCCUCUCAGCCGGCGUUUUCCUGUGGCUAUUGCAUAGCCACGUGCCUGCGUAUGCAUCAUAUAACCUCUGGAUGGCAGUGGCUUUCGCACUUUCUGGUCGAGUGUACCAAUUCUGUAUCUUGCUCUGCCGUAACAUUGCCAUUCGGAAAAAGACGUUCGGCUUGAUUGCAGGCAAGCGACUAGGCCACUCCGCGGAACUACAGGCUUUGGCUGGAGAAAUCACAGUGCUGACUGUCCAUGAUGUUGGGUUCUCUUGGAAGGCUGGGCAGCACGUGCUCUUGUGGUGCUCAACCUUAGGACCUCUGGAAUCGCACCCUUUCACAAUCGCAAACAUCCCCGAUGGAGGAAAUUGCGAGGACAGCCCCAACAAAGUGCAAUUGAUCAUACGCGCUCGCUCUGGUUUCGCACGAAAGCUAUUCCGACGAGCUGUUUCCUCCCAGGCAACCUCCUGA